AUGUCUCGCCCAUCGCCCUCAUCGUCAUCCUCGGCGUCUGGCAACGAUUCUGCCGAGUCGAACAGCGAAGUCUUCAACUGGGUCAGCGCCGGGGCGCAGGACCGACCGCGGCUGCCGCACCUGCGCUCGGACCCGCCGCGGUCCGAGCGGGCGUCGCACAGCCUGGACGAGUUUCGAGAACGCGAGGGCCACGACGUGCGCAAGGCGCAGCUGAAGGAGCUCUGGCACCGACUCCCGGAUUUGAUCCAGCAGGCGCAGGCUGGCGCCGUGGAAGCGCGGGCGGGCGCCAAAGGCCCCGAGGCGGUGACGCGCGAGGAGGCGCGCAAGAUGCGGGAGGCCUACGUGCGCGAGCUGCUGGCCUCGUGCAGAAACGGGCAUCGCUCAAAGGGCUCGGCCCCGAACACCAUCGGCUGGGAGGACUUUCGGGAUUACGCCCUGGAGAAGGAGGAGGAGCUCUGGCAUAUCUUCCACGACGAACUCGACGGCGACGGCAAUGGCCGGCUCGAGGCGCACGAAGUCGCAUCUGCACUGUCCAGGGCCGGCAUCGAGCUAACUCCGGCGACGCUCUCCGAGUUCAUGACAUACCUCACCGCAAGCCCCCAUUCGCGCGCCAUCUCCUUUCGCGAGUUUCGCGACUUCCUGCUCUUGCUGCCGCGCAAGGUCAACCCGAAGGAGAUAUACCGCUACUACCAGGUCCGGAAAUACCUUGGAGAGGACGGAAAGGGCGCAGCACGCGUCACUAUGGAGGGAGACGUCACACUCAGUGCGGAGGACAGGCCACCUCCACUCGCGCCAGUCACCUCGGGAACUGUGUCAGACGUAGACUCGGAGUCGGACCAGGGCGGCGAGGAGCAGCAUACCUUCGAAGUAGCCAGCUCGUUGAAGUAUCUCAUGGCUGGCGGGAUUGCUGGUGCCGUCAGCCGGACGUGCACCGCACCCUUCGACCGCUUGAAGAUCUUCCUCAUAACGCGACCACCAGACCUAGGCGGCACCGGCGCGACCGGCGCACCAGUGCAAGGCCUGAAAGCUAUAGCCGGAGCAGUCGCUCGUAUCUAUGCAGAAGGCGGCGUACGCGCCUUCUGGGUCGGCAACGGUCUUUCUGUCAUGAAGAUAUUCCCAGAGAGCGCGAUCAAGUUCUUCUCAUACGAGUCUUCAAAACGUUUCUUCGCGAAAUACGUGGACCACGUUGAGGACUCGCGUGACAUUAGUGGUUCCAGCAGGUUUAUCAGUGGAGGAAUGGGUGGCAUCACCAGUCAAUUGAGUAUAUAUCCCAUUGAGACUCUGAAAACGCAGAUGAUGAGUUCAACGGGCGAAACGAAACGGACAUUAGUCAGCGCUGCGAAAACGUUGUGGGGGUUGGGUGGUGUGCGCGCAUAUUACCGGGGCCUGGCGAUCGGCCUUGUGGGCGUGUUUCCUUAUAGCGCCAUCGAUAUGAGCACAUUUGAGGCGCUUAAACUCGCGUAUCUACGGAGUACGGGCAAAGAUGAGCCCGGCGUACUCGCGCUUCUGGCCUUCGGUUCGCUCUCGGGUUCCGUUGGUGCAACGAGCGUCUACCCUCUCAAUCUCGUGCGCACACGAUUACAAGCGAGCGGCAGCAGCGGCCAUCCCGAACGCUAUACUGGUCCCAUGGACGUCGUGUACAAGACGUAUGCAAGGGAUGGGUGGCGUGGCUUCUAUCGCGGUCUCUUCCCCACACUUGCAAAGGUCGUGCCGUCAGUCUCGAUCUCAUACGUCGUUUACGAGCAGAGCAAGAAGAAGCUCGGUGUAUCAUAG